AUGGUGAAAAGGAAAAGCUCAGAGGGCCAGGAGCAGGAGAGCGGCCGUGGCAUCCCUCUGCCCAUCCAGACCUUCCUAUGGAGGCAAACCAGUGCAUUUUUAAGACCUAAACUGGGGAAACAAUAUGAAGCUUCCUGUGUGUCUUUUGAAAGAGUUUUAGUAGAGAACAAGCUGCAUGGCCUUUCUCCAGCUCUCUCUGAAGCUAUCCAGAGCAUUUCUCGCUGGGAACUUGUCCAAGCUGCGCUCCCACAUGUGCUGCACUGCACCGCAACAUUGCUCUCCAACCGAAACAAGCUAGGACAUCAGGAUAAGCUUGGAGUAGCUGAAACAAAGCUUCUUCACACUCUUCACUGGAUGCUGCUGGAGGCCCCUCAGGACUGCAGCAAUGACCGAUUCGGAGGAGACAGAGGCUCUAGUUGGGGAGGGAGCAGUAGCGCCUUUAUCCAUCAGGCUGAAAACCAGGGAUCACCAGGACAUCCCCGGCCCAGCGCCACAAAUGAUGAUGAGGAGAAUAACAGAAGGAAGUUCUUCCAGAACUCCAUGGCCACAGUGGAGCUCUUUGUGUUCCUUUUUGCUCCCCUUGUCCACAGGAUUAAAGAGUCUGACCUGACAUUUCGGUUGGCCAGUGGCCUUGUUAUUUGGCAGCCUAUGUGGGAACACAGGCAGCCUGAAGUUUCUGCCUUCAACGCCCUUGUAAAACCUAUCAGGAACAUAGUUACAGCUAAGAGAAGCUCUCCCACCAACAAUCAGAGUGUGACUUGUGAAUCCCCUAAUCUGGACAGUGGACAUAGCGAGGGACUACAAGUGGUCUGUGAGACAACCCAGCCAGAUUCUGUACCUCCAAAGGCCACUGUUUCAGCAUGUCAUCAUGGAAAUUCCUUGGAUGGAAGCGUAUCCUCCCAAACCUCUCAGGAGAGAGGUACCGCACAUCCCAGGGUGUCCUUGGUGAUCCCACCAUGCCAGAAGUCUCGCUAUGCCACAUACUUUGAUGUGGCAGUGCUGCGCUGCCUGCUGCAGCCACAUUGGUCCGAGGAGGGCACACAGUGGUCACUAAUGUACUACCUGCAGAGGCUGAGGCAUAUGCUACAGGAAAAGCCGGAGAAACCACCUGAGCCAGAGAUCACCCCUUUACCAAGACCUCGCAGCAGCUCCAUGGUGGCUGCUGCACCCUCUCUGGUGAAUACCCACAAAACUCAGGAUCUUACAAUGAAAUGUAAUGAGGAAGAAAAAUCACUUAGCACAGAGGCAUUUUCCAAGGUUUCACUGACCAACUUGCGUAGACCAGCAGUUCCAGAUCUCUCCACAGACCUGGGGAUGAACAUCUUCAAAAAGUUUAAGAGCCGCAAAGAGGACAGGGAGCGUGAGCGCAAAGGGUCAAUUCCUUUCCACCAUACUGGGAAGAAGCGGCAACGAAGGAUAGGGGUGCCCUUCCUCCCCCAUGAGGAUCAUUUGGAUGUCUCGCCCACUCGCAGCACUUUCUCCUUUGGCAGUUUCUCUGGAAUCGGAGAGGACCGGCGUGGCAUUGAGAGAGGAGGAUGGCAAACCACCAUAUUAGGAAAGUUUACCAGACGGGGGAGCUCUGACACAGCAACAGAGAUGGAGAGCCUGAGCGCUAGGCAUUCACACUCUCAUCACACUCUGGUCUCUGAUCUGCCGGACCACUCAAACAGCCAUGGAGAGAACACAGUCAAAGAAGUGCGGUCCCAGAUCUCCACCAUCACUGUGGCCACCUUCAACACUACCCUGGCCUCAUUCAAUGUGGGCUACGCCGAUUUCUUCAGUGAGCACAUGAGGAAGCUUUGCAACCAGGUGCCUAUCCCUGAGAUGCCCCAUGAGCCGCUUGCAUGUGCCAACCUCCCACGGAGCCUGACAGACUCCUGCAUCAAUUACAGUUGCUUGGAGGAUACGGAUCACAUUGAUGGAACCAACAACUUUGUCCACAAGAACGGCAUGCUGGAUCUCUCGGUGGUCCUGAAGGCUGUUUACUUGGUUCUGAACCAUGACAUCAGUUCCCGGAUUUGCGAUGUGGCACUGAACAUUGUGGAGUGCUUACUUCAGCUUGGUGUGGUGCCCUGUGUAGAGAAGGUUCGGAGGAAGAGUGAGAACAAAGAAAAUGAGGCCCCUGAAAAGAGACCAAGUGAAGGAUCCUUCCAGCUCAAAGGGGCUGCUUCUGGUGGUUCAGCUUGUGGAUUUGGGCCUCCCCCAGUUAGUGGAGCUGGAGAUGGAGGAGAAGAAGGAGGUGGUGGAAGUGGUGGAGGAGGUGGAGGUGGAAGUGAUGGAGGUGGAGGAGGAGGAGGAGGGCCAUAUGAGAAGAAUGACAAAAAACAAGAAAAGGAUGAAGGCCCAUCUGUCAGCACCCAUAGGCUGGCACUCACAAUGCUGAUCAAAAUUGUGAAGUCCCUGGGUUGUGCCUAUGGUUGCGGAGAAGGACACCGAGGGCUCUCUGGAGAUCGCCUGAGACACCAGGUAUUCCGGGAGAAUGCUCAGAACUGCCUCACAAAGCUGUACAAACUGGAUAAGAUGCAGUUCCGGCAGACCAUGAGGGAUUAUGUGAACAGGGAUUCUCUCAAUAAUGUGGUGGAUUUCCUGCAUGCUUUACUGGGAUUCUGCAUGGAGCCAGUCACUGACAACAAGGCUGGAUUUGGGAAUAACUUCACCACAGUGGACAACAAGUCUACAGCCCAGAGUGUAGAAGGUAUUAUUGUGAGUGCCAUGUUCAAGUCAUUAAUCACUCGCUGUGCUUCCACUACACAUGAGUUGCACAGCCCAGAGAACCUGGGCUUGUACUGCGAUAUCCGACAGCUGGUCCAGUUUAUCAAGGAGGCUCAUGGGAAUGUCUUUCGGAGAGUGGCACUCAGUGCCCUCUUAGACAGCGCUGAAAAGUUAAUACCAGGGAAAAAAACAGAGGAAACAGAGCAAGAGCCGAAACCUUCUGGGAGCAAAAGAUCCGAGGUGGGAAGCGUCAUCAUUGACAAAGGCCAGGCAUCAGCUGCCCCUGACGAAUGCCGUAGUUACAUCUCAAGCCGCCCAAUGCAAACUCCAGAACAUGAUGAGCAAAUCCAAGGGGCCGUUCUGGGACGCAAGGACUUCUGGCGAAAGAUGUUCAAGUCACAGAGUGCAGCGAGUGAUACCAGUAGUCAGUCUGAGCAGGACACAUCCGAGUGCACCACUGCUCACUCUGGGACCACCACAGACAGGCGUUCCCGCUCCCGUUCCCGACGAAUCUCCCUUCGAAAGAAACUCAAACUCCCCAUAGGUAAAUGGAACUGGCUGAAGCGCUCCUCCCUCUCUGGCCUGGCUGACGGGGUGGAAGAUCUCCUAGAUAUCAGCUCUGUCGACCGUCUGUCUUUCAUCAGGCAGAGUUCCAAGGUGAAGUUUACCAGCGCGGUGAAGCUGUCAGAAGGAGGGGGGCCAGGAGGUGGCCUGGACAAUGGGCGAGAUGAAGAGGAGAAUUUCUUCAAGCGUCUUGGUUGCCAUAGCUUUGAUGAUCACUUGACCUCCAACCAAGAAGGAGGAAAAUCCAAGAACGUUGUGAACCUGGGAGCAAUCCGCCAAGGCAUGAAGCGCUUUCAGUUUCUCCUGAACUGCUGUGAACCAGGCACUAUCCCCGAUGCCUCCAUUUUGGCAGCAGCCCUAGAUCUUGAAGCUCCUGUAGUGGCAAGAGCAGCCCUGUUCCUCGAGUGUGCACGCUUCGUUCACCGCUGUAAUCGCGGCAACUGGCCUGAGUGGAUGAAGGGCCACCAUGUGAACAUUACUAAGAAAGGCCUGUCUCGUGGGCGUUCUCCUAUCGUGGGCAACAAAAGGAACCAGAAGCUGCAGUGGAAUGCAGCUAAGCUCUUCUACCAGUGGGGAGAUGCAAUCGGUGUCCGCCUCAACGAGCUGUGCCAUGCUGAGAGUGAGAGCCCUGCCAACCUGCUGGGCCUCAUUUAUGAUGAGGAGACCAAGAGGCGCCUGAGAAAGGAGGAUGAGGAAGAAGACUUUUUAGAUGACAGCACUGUGAAUCCUACCAAAUGUAUUUGUCCUUUUGCACUGAAAAUGGCAGCCUGUCAGCUUCUCCUUCAGCUAGUUACAUUUUGGCGUGGCUCAGCGUCCUGCAAGCCCAAAGAGCAGUUGGAUUAGAAAGUGGAUCUGGAGAGCUGCAGGCUGCGUCUGGACCCUGAGAUGGACCGGCACAGGUAUGAAAGAAAGAUCAGCUUUGCUGGGGUUCUGGAUGAAAAUGAAGAUUCAAAGGAUUCCCUGCACAGCAGCAGCCACACCCUCAAAUCUGAGGCUGGCUUCGAGGAGAAAAAAGAAGGGAGCCCUUGGAGCGCGAGCGAACCUAGCAUUGAGCCCGAGGUGCUGAGCAACACAGGCACGGAGGAGAACUAUCAUCGGAACAUGUCGUGGCUGCACGUUAUGAUCCUAUUAUGCAACCAGCAAAGUUUCAUAUGUACCCACAUUGACUACUGUCACCCACACUGCUACCUCCAUCACAGCCGGUCCUGUGCUCGCCUGGUCCGGGCCAUCAAACUCCUGUAUGGAGACACAGUGGACUCUCUGCGAGAAAACAGCACAUUGAACAGUGUGGCAAGAGGCAAAAAGCAAAAGGAAUGCUCAGACAAGUCAUGCUUGAGAACUCCCUCUCUAAAAAAGAGAGUGAUUGAUAUCAACUUGGAAGGGAAGAAGGACUCUGGAAUGUUAAAAUACAUCAGGCACCAGGUAAUGAGCCUCUCCCCUGCACCUUUGUCACUGCUAAUCAAGGCAGCUCCUAUCCUCACGGAAGAGAUGUAUGGGGACAUCCAGCCAGCAGCGUGGGAGCUCCUGCUCAGUGUGGAUGAGCACAUGGCUGGAGCAGCAGCUGCCAUGUUCCUGCUGUGUGCUGUGAAAGUGCCAGAGGCCGUUUCUGACAUGCUGAUGUCCGAAUUUCAUCACCCAGAGACAGUGCAAAGACUGAAUGCCAUUCUCAAAUUUCACACACUCUGGAGGUUUAGGUAUCAAGUCUGGCCAAGGAUGGAAGAGGGAGCACAGCAGAUCUUUAAGAUCCCUCCUCCAAGUAUAAACUUCACUCUGCCUUCUCCUGUCCUGGGAAUGCCAUCUGUGCCAAUGUUUGACCCCCCCUGGGUCCCUCAGUGCAGCGGGAGUGUGCAAGAUCCUAUAAAUGAAGACCAGUCGAAGUCAUUUUCAGCCAGAGCUGUGUCACGUUCCCAUCAGCGAGCAGAGCACAUCCUGAAGAACCUGCAGCAGGAGGAAGAGAAGAAGCGCCUAGGCCGGGAAGCCAGUCUCAUCACUGCCAUCCCCAUCACUCAGGAGGCCUGCUAUGAGCCAACCUGCACACCAAGCUCAGAGCAGGAAGAAGAAGUAGAAGAAGUUGCCAACCUGGCCUCCCGCCGUCUCUCUGUGAGUCCUUCCUGCACCUCCAGUACAUCUCAUAGGAACUAUUCUUUCCGCCGUGGCUCUGUCUGGUCAGUGCGGUCAGCAGUCAGUGCAGAAGAUGAAGAACACACUACAGAGCAUACUCCAAACCAUCAUGUGCCACAACCACCUCAAGCUGUGUUUCCAGCAUGCAUCUGUGCAGCAGUGCUCCCCAUUGUCCAUUUGAUGGAAGAUGGAGAAGUCCGGGAGGAUGGAGUAGCUGUAAGCGCUGUUGCUCAGCAAGUCCUGUGGAACUGCUUAAUUGAAGACCCCUCCACAGUUUUGCGCCAUUUCCUUGAGAAGCUCACAAUCAGCAACCGACAGGAUGAGCUGAUGUAUAUGUUAAGGAAGCUUUUGUUGAACAUCGGAGACUUCCCUGCCCAGACAUCUCACAUCCUCUUUAACUAUUUGGUAGGACUGAUCAUGUAUUUUGUACGCACGCCGUGUGAAUGGGGCAUGGAUGCCAUUUCUGCCACACUUACCUUCCUUUGGGAAGUGGUUGGUUAUGUAGAAGGACUGUUCUUCAAGGAUCUCAAACAGACUAUGAAGAAGGAACAAUGUGAAGUGAAGCUGCUGGUGACUGCCUCAAUGCCAGGCACAAAGACUCUUGUCGUGCAUGGACAGAAUGAGUGUGACAUCCCAACUCAGUUACCAGUCCAUGAGGAUACACAGUUUGAGGCUCUUCUGAAGGAGUGUUUGGAGUUUUUUAAUAUACCUGAAACACAGUCUUCUCAUUACUUUUUAAUGGAUAAGCGAUGGAAUCUUAUUCAUUACAACAAGACCUAUGUUCGUGACAUUUAUCCUUUCCGGAGGUCAGUUUCUCCCCAGCUCAACCUGGUGCAGAUGCAUCCAGAAAAAGGUCAAGAGCUCAUUCAGAAGCAGGUGUUCACCCGCAAGCUAGAAGAGGUGGGGCGGGUGUUGUUCCUCAUAUCGCUGACACAGAAAAUCCCUACUGCCCACAAGCAGUCCCAUGUAUCUAUGCUCCAGGAAGAUCUCCUCCGCUUGCCUUCAUUUCCCCGAAGUGCCAUUGAUGCCGAGUUCUCACUCUUCAGUGAUCCCCAAGCUGGGAAAGAGCUCUUUGGUCUGGACACUCUUCAGAAAAGCUUGUGGAUUAAGCUGCUGGAGGAGAUGUUCCUUGGCAUGCCCAGCGAGUUCCCCUGGGGGGAUGAGAUCAUGCUGUUCUUGAAUGUCUUCAAUGGUGCCCUGAUCCUGCACCCUGAGGACAGUGCCUUGUUGAGGCAGUACGCUGCCACAGUCAUCAACACAGCUGUGCACUUUAACCACCUCUUCUCCCUCAGCGGGUACCAGUGGGUCCUCCCCAGCAUGUUGCAGGUAUACGCUGACUAUGAAAGCAACCCCCAGUUACGCCAAGCGAUUGAGUUUGCGUGCCGCCAGUUCUACAUUCUGCAUCGCAAGCCCUUUAUUCUGCAGCUGUUUGCAAGUGUGGCCCCUCUCCUGGAGUUCCCUGAUGCUACAAACAAUGGAACCAGCAAAGGAGUGUCAGCUCAGUGCCUGUUUGACCUGCUGCAGUCUUUAGAGGGAGAUACUCCAGACAUUUUGGACAUCUUAGAGCUGGUGAAAGCAGAAAAGCCUCUCAAGUCAUUAGACUUCUGCUAUGGGAAUGAAGACUUGACCUUUUCGAUCAGUGAAGCCAUCAAGCUAUGUGUGACAGUGGUGGCCUAUGCUCCUGAAUCAUUCAGAAGUCUCCAGAUGCUGAUGGUCUUGGAAGCGCUAGUUCCCUGUUACUUGCAGAAACUGAAGCGACAGACCUCUCAAGUGGAGACUGUGACAGCAGCUCGUGAGGAGAUUGCUGCUAUGGCUGCCCUUGCCACCUCUUUGCAGGCCCUCUUGUACAGUGUAGAAGUUCUCACCAGGCCUAUGACAGCCCCACAGAUGAGUCGAUGUGACCAAGGCCAUAAAGGGGCCACGACAGCUAACCACACCAUGUCAGCAGGUGUGAACACCAGGUACCCAGAACAGGGAGCCAAACUACACUUUAUCAGGGAGAACCUUCACUUACUGGAGGAGGGCCAGGGUCUUCCCCGAGAGGAGCUGGAUGAACGAAUUGCCAGAGAGGAGUUCAGGAGACCGCGGGAGUCAUUGCUGAAUAUCUGCACAGAGUUUUACAAGCACUGUGGUCCAAGGCUGAAGAUUUUGCAGAAUCUGGCUGGUGAGCCCCGAGUGACUUCUCUGGAGCUGCUGGAUGUGAAGUCCCACAUGAGAUUGGCAGAAAUCGCACAUUCCCUGCUGAAGCUGGCACCUUAUGACACACAGACGAUGGAAAGCCGAGGUCUCCGGCGCUACAUCAUGGAGAUGCUGCCCAUCACUGACUGGACAGCUGAGGCGGUGAGACCUGCCCUUAUCCUCAUCUUAAAGAGAUUGGAUCGUAUGUUCAAUAAAAUUCACAAGAUGCCUACUUUGAGGCGCCAGGUUGAGUGGGAGCCUGCCAGCAAUUUGAUUGAAGGGGUUUGUUUGACACUUCAGAGGCAGCCAAUCAUAUCCUUCCUGCCUCACCUUAGGUCUCUGAUCAAUGUGUGUGUCAAUCUGGUGAUGGGAGUGGUAGGACCCUCCAGUGUGGCUGACGGAUUACCCCUUCUUCAUCUCAGCCCUUAUCUCUCGCCACCUCUGCCCUUCAGCACAGCUGUUGUCCGGCUUGUAGCAUUGCAGAUACAGGCUUUGAAAGAAGAUUUCCCCCUAAGCCAUGUCGUCUCCCCAUUCACCAAUCAGGAAAGAAGGGAAGGAAUGCUUUUAAACCUACUGAUUCCAUUUGUGCUCACAGUAGGAUCUGGAAGCAAAGACAGCCCCUGGCUGGAGCAGCCUGAGGUCCUGCUGCUGCUCCAGACUGUUAUCAAUAUCCUCCUGCCACCUCGCAUCAUCAGCACUUCCCGCAGCAAGAAUUUUAUGCUGGAGAGCUCCCCUGCCCAUUGCUCCACCCCAGGGGAUGCGGGGAAGGACCUGCGUCGGGAAGGGCUCGCAGAGUCCACCAGCCAGGCUGCCUACCUGGCCCUGAAGGUGAUCCUUGUUUGCUUUGAACGCCAACUGGACAGCCAGUGGUACUGGCUGAGCCUGCAAGUCAAAGAGAUGGCACUGCGGAAGGUGGGAGGGCUGGCCCUGUGGGAUUUCCUCGACUUUAUCGUACGAACACGGAUCCCUAUCUUUGUGCUCCUUCGGCCCUUCAUCCAGUGCAAGCUGCUGGCCCAGCCGGCUGAGAACCACGAGGAGCUGACUGCUCGACAGCACAUUGCCGACCAGCUGGAGAGACGGUUCAUACCGCGCCCGCUCUGCAAGAGCUCCCUUAUUGCUGAAUUCAAUAACGAACUGAAGAUCCUGAAGGAGGCAGUGCACAGCGGGUCUGCUUACCAAGGGAAGACAUCUGUCAGCACCGUGGGCACCUCCACCUCCGCUUACCGCCUGAGCCUGGCCACUAUGUCCCGCUCCAACACCGGCACUGGCACGGUCUGGGAGCAGGACAGCGAGCCUUCCCAGCAGGCCUCGCAGGACACGCUGAGUCGCACAGAUGAGGAGGAUGAAGAAAAUGACUCCUUGAGCAUGCCCAGUGUGGUAAGUGAACAAGAAGCAUACCUUAUGGGUGCCAUUGGGAGGAGGCGGUUCUCCAGCCAUCUCUCCAGCGUGUCUGCACCUCAGGCUGAGGUGGGCAUGUUACCCAGCCAAAGUGAACCUAAUGUCCUCGAUGACUCCCCGAGCCUGGCCACUGAGGGCAGCCUCUCUAGGGUGGCAAGCGUGCAGAGCGAGCCAGGACAGCAGAACCUUCUUCUGCAGCAGCCCCUGGGGCGGAAGAGAGGCCUACGGCAGCUUCGACGACCACUGCUGUCACGUCAGAAAACUCAAACCGAACCUCGUAGCCGUCAUGGAGCUAGACUUUCAACCACGCGGCGGAGCAUCCAGCCAAAACCAAAACCUAGCGCGGAGCAGAAGCGGUCAGUGACUUUCACUGAAGCCCAGCCUGAGGCAACAACAGCCUCCCCAGGGGACCCGUCGGCUCCAGCAGCCCAGCAGCAGGGCUGCAGCCACAGCAGCCCCCAGGCGACCAGCAAGCAGGAACCGCUAAGUAAACCUGUGCUGACUUCCUCACCUGCCAUCAUUGUAGCUGAUCUCCAUAGCCAGACCACUGGCCAGAGCGAGGCACUGUCUGCUGAGAAGGAAAAGGAAAAAGAGGAGGGCUUGGAGUCCCGGCCAACAACAGCACAAAGCACCCCACCCACACAGCUCUCUGACACCGAGGACUACGCUGGCCUCGAGACCACCAGCUUGCUGCAGCAUGGGGACACUGUCCUUCACAUCAGUGAGGACAAUGGGAUGGAGAACCCCUUGCUGGCCACUCACUUCAGCUUCACACACGUGGAGCUUGGGGAGACUGACGUCGAUCUAGAUGAAUCUCAUGUUUAA